AUGAGUUACUCAACUCCUCACUCAAUUCCAGAGGUCAACGUUAUCAGGGUCGACUUCAGUUUCGACUCACUGAAAGCCGCAUUCACCGGGAAAGAUGCCGUGAUCUCGCUUCUCGGCCACCACGCUUUCGAUGCGCAAAAAACAGUCAUCGAGGCAGCAAUCGCGGCUGGAGUGAAACGUUUUAUUCCCUCUGAGUUUGGCGUCGAUACGUCCAACCCGGAAGUUGUCUCGCAAGUGCCAUUCGUGGUUGGGAAGAAGCAAGUUGUCGACUAUUUGCGAAGCAGAGAAGAUGCGAUCUCGUGGACAGCGGUGCUUACAGGUAUUUUCUUCGACUGGGGUCUGUGGCAGGGGUGGCUUGGCUUUGACCUUGGCAAGAAGAAAGUCAAGCUUUGGGACGGCGGCGAAACCCCUUUCGCCACGACCGAGAUCGACGUCAUUGGUAAAACGCUUGUUGCGUUACUCAGCCGUGGCGAUGCGUAUCAGCAGUCUGCCAAUACCUAUGUGCAUGUUGCCGGCCACGUCACAACCCAGCUGGAAAUUUGGAAGACAUUGGAGAAGGUCACCGGGGAAAAGUUCGAGGUAUAUACGGAGGUUGACGCUACAUCACACGGUAAAAGAGUCAAGCAGGAGAUCGCCGACGGUGAAUGGGCGAAUGCCCUUGAUCUUCUCAAGGUGGUGACCUUUGACAAGAAUCAGAAACUUGGGAUCUUCCCCAAGUACUGGAAUGACUUGCUUGGGUUGCCCAAGCCAGAUAUGGAGCAGACCAUUCGUGAAGUUAUCGAAGGGAAAAGGAAGUUUAUAGUCAGUGAAAGCUAUUGA